AUGGCCCCCAAGGGCGGUGCUGCAGCCCCACCAGAGGCUAUCUCCUCCCCCGCUCCCCCAGACGCGCCGUCGACUAUCGCGACCGACCCUCAUCCAACGGUCCGCGUCAACAAAUCGCACGUCGCCGAGAUUAAGACCGCUCUCGACGACAUUGUAAAGGAGCACCUCGUUCAACAGGCAUUCACACCAUCACACAUGCACACAAACGUGCACCUCACGCUCGGAUACGCCUCGGUUAUCUUCGCCCUCGGAUGUUCGCUUUACGCGUACAAGAUGGACUUUGAGGAGAGCAAGCCCGCGCUUUGGGUUGCUGUGGUGGGGUACUUUGGCUUCCAGGGUGCGCUGUGGGCAUGGAAGCGGUGGGUUGAGCGCGGCGAGGUGUUCCGUGGGCGCAGGAGGCGGAUUGUGAAGCGCAUUGAGACCGACCACAUCCAGAUCAUUACAUCAACCACGCUCCAUCACCCGCCUGCCCCAGUGCUCAGUGUGUCGCCGGACUCGCGACCCACGUCUCCUACCUCGCCCACGACGCCGUCCCUUUCGCCCUCCUCGUCUAUCUCGGGUCUCUCUUCUCCUCCGCGCACACCGACGUCCGGCAUGAACCCGCACCCCCGCGGGCCGACGUACCUCGUGCACCUGACGCUGUCCACCACCUCGAACAGCGGCAAGAGCCUGAUACAUAAGGCGCGUGUUGUGAGCGGCAAGCCGAUUGGCGAGGUCGUCGACGAGGACGGGGGAGUCGAGGCUGGCGAAGUCACGCGCUGGAUCACGACGCUGCUCAACGAUGCCGGCAUGGUCGGCGUCGAGGAGGAAGGCUUCAAGGAGGAGUAA